GUAUGAUUACAGAGCAAAAAAGAAACAAACCAGCUCUGACGAGACUCAGAAAUGAAUUCACUUGGAUCUAUCACCCAUUAACUGCAAGCAAACAUAGUUUUGCAAGUCAUGGUUGAAUUCGCUACUUUGAGGUACGGUUUCUGUUUCUCCUACCUACUUCUAUUUUCCUCCCCAACUCUGAUUGCGAAACCCAUUUCCUCUUCCUCACUCCAAUCGUUGAAUAACAACACCCCCAACUUCGAACGCCAUAUCGCGCUUUUUGGCGAUGCCCAACUCGUCGAUGGAGGCGGCUACGUGAAGCUCACGCGCCCCUCUGUUUCGAGCUCAGGGCUUCUCCUGCGCCGAGAACCCUUCAGUUUUCUCGAUCCAAACCUCCAUACCCCAUCAUCUUUUUCCACGGAGUUCACAUUCUCGAUCUCACCCGGCAAUGGCGACGGCAUUGUUCUCGUCUUAGUUCCCAGCGACUUUGGAUCCAAGUUCUCGGGUCAUGGGUCGUUCGGGCUUUCACGGCAGAAUAGGUUUCUGGGUGUUGAGUUUGAUACCGAAAUGGAUGGUAAAGUAGGGGAUGUGAACGAUAAUCAUGUAGGAGUUGAUGUGGGUAGCCUUUUAUCUGUUGCUGUUUGUAAUGUUUCGUCGAUGAAUUUAGUGCUCAACAGUGGGGAAAAAUUGAAAUCUUGGAUUGAUUACGAUGCCAGUUCCAAAAGAUUAGAGAUCAGAUUGAGUAAAUUGGGUGAACCAAGGCCUUAUAAUCCGAUUAUUGCUUAUGGUAUUGAUCUGUUGGCAAUGUGGAGAGAUGAACCUGUCUUGGUGGGUAUUAGCUCUUCCAAUGGCAAGUCUUUGCAGAUCAGCAGCAUAUAUUCAUGGAAGUUCAGCUUAAGAACUUAUCCAAAUAGGAUGCAUUCUCUACCAGCUGAUCCAAGAGGUUUUUCGGAUGAGCAUGGUAAGCAUUUGACCAUGCGUCAAAGGCGUGUUUGCCCAUUAACAAUUCUUGCCGGACUGAUUUUCGCGACGGGUUGUGGAGCAUUGAUGGCUUUUGUUGUGCUUUUCCUGUGGGCUGUGGUUGUCAAUAGGAACAUCAUCUUCCCCGCUGAGUCUCCCCUGCACCCUGUGGAUUUCAGGUAUGAAAAGAUCAGUGUUGUUGUAGGGAAGGGCAAUGAUGGUGUUAAUAAGAAUUAAAGCAGAGAAAAAGAAAAGAUUGUAAGACCUUUUGUUUGAUUUUGCGUGGCUAGUGUUGCUGUAUGUUGUAUUAUCUAUGAUGAACGUGGACUGCGCUGUGCCUUCUUGUAGUAAAGUUGAUGCUAUUAACUAACUAGCUUUCUCUGUUACAA